AUGUCUACAAUCUCUGACACUGCCGCUACAGCGAACGCUGCCUUCAUGCAUGUGGCCGCUCAAAUUGAGCACCUAUUGGGUCAGGCAAUUCAGUUGGACCGUGCAGAUCCAGCAAAUGUAAACUUGUCGCUGGAAAUGGCCAGCAUUUUAGUGCAGACUCUUUCACCGAUAGUGCUCUUGGCUGCCGCUGAGUUGAGUGAGCACAUCAAUGCGAACUCCUGCACGGUGGUAAGUACGCCCGUGUGGACUAACAUCCACACCGGAGAUCCACGCUGCAAGAGGAGUCCCCUAUACCCCCGGACAGUUGGGUACCAGGAACAGCCCAGGCAACCCUCGCCGCCAGUAGCCGGUCUGUCUCAACCCAGCAAGGGGAAAGGCAAGGAAAAGGCCAUAUCGGAGGACGGUGAAGAUACAAGCCAUGGACCACCAUCGAAGCGCCAGCGCGCAUCCAAGGCCAUUAUUACCAGUGAAGACGACCGGGAGUUGGAUGCCGCGCCGGAUUCACCACAGCCGUCGGUGGAUAUGGCGCCGAUGCCCCCCCAAGUAUCAGAGGUCGUGGUGCCGCUGCGACCAAAACCAUCCAUAAGAUUCAAAAUGGUGAUCAAGGCGGGCACUCUCACAAAGUUGCCACCUGCUCUCAAAACCCCUCAGCGCCACAGCCGUUCAGCUGCCUGGUUGUUGAUCUCUAGUGAGGAUGAGAGAGAUGAAACGCCGAAGGUGGGGCCCGCAACAAAGGGUGGUACUCCUUAUGUUCUAGUACCGGCUGCAACAACCAUUACCACAGCAGCACCGCAGGCGGCUGUGGCGGCAGCUUUCCCACACAUCACGCAACUUGCGCGCGUACCUUUCCCGCGCUUCACGAUGUAUAUGCGCGCGCACUUUCCCGCGCUUGAGCGCCCUAUAGCGCCAGCCAUCCGGAAGCAUCCAUCCACUGUCCACCAAGUUCCCUAUGUCUUAUCAUCACUUAAGCAAACUCACUCAUACCCUCUCUUGUUUCCGCAUACACGCGCCCGCAUUCCCGCGCUUCGCGCAUUCCUGCGCCUCAACCCCGGCUGCGGCAACUGUGUGCAGCGAGGUGUGAUCUGCCAGCAAGGGUAUAAUGGCUCUGGCGGGGAGCUUACUGUCUGUGCCCACUGUCACAGGUCGAAACAAAAGUGCGGCAGCAAUGGCUCCGCCGCUGGCAAACCGAAGAAGUCAACCGCGACUCCCGCCCGCCGUAACAAAUCAAAAUCUCACCAUCCGUCGCCAUCAUUGGCUCCUACCGACACAGACACAGAAAUCCCACCGGUAGCUUCGACCGCUGCUCCUGAGGCACCUGUGGUUGCCGCCACCGGUAACUCCAUUCUCGCCAUGGAAUCAUCGGAGACAGGUGUGAUCGACACCCUCAGGCAGGAAAUCCUGGGACUUCGUAUGAUUGUCACCGGAUUAGAAGAUUGGGUGGCUGCAGGUGAGCAAGAGGCCCUCUCCGCCUGUCUUGCCGAAGAACUUGCCGAACUUUGCCGACACCUUGUGCCUCUUAUUAUGCAUCCGGGGCCAGAGGUUUGUCUACCUAUCCGGAUGAGGGACCAGCAGUUUGUGUUGGAACAGCCGACUCACAUAGAGAAUGAUACCAGUGCUGAAGAGAGUCGGCUCACUGAGGAGAAUCAUCCAAAUACAGAGGGUGAAGGGAAUACCCUUGUAAUAUAG